CUUUGUUGCAUCAAGGACAUACCGUCACCAUUCCGAAAAAAUCGUAUUUGGUCCUACCACAUCUCCGGAGCUGUUGCAGGCCCCUAUUCGACAGUUCUACGACAGUACUCCAUUCUGAUUUGCGCGCUUAUGGUUGCUAAGUUUAGAAUUGGUCACGCGGGCUCAGCCCGAGGCUAAAUCUCAGCUGAGCUCGUCCUCUGUUCUCAGCCCGAUGAUGCUUCUUGCUUGUCCCACCCUCACCUCUCGCAAUGGAAACACGACUGUGAUUUCGUCAUGAGCGAAGAAAGUUCACAGGAUCCGACUGUUAGCGCGGGUAAACGGUUGGCAAGCUACUUUUCGCCAAUACCUCAAAAGUUCGAAGAUGUCCAGAUUCAAGACAUAACAAUUCUUCUCCGGGCCCAACAAGAAAGAUGGAGCCACUUUCCACGCACGUACAUCGUUCUCCGCAUUAUAAAUCGGCUUGAUUUACUUAACAACCUUCUCGAUGUCGGCUUCACCGACCACUGGUUUCCCGUUACUCCUCAAGCACUUCCACCGAAUCUACAGCCUUCGGUCCGUAGCGCGAUAGCCAAAGCCCAGUCAGCGGUUCUGACGCAAUCCGUCGAACUAGAGAAAGGCCCCAACGGAAGCCAUGGCCACUACCGUAAGGGCGAUGUUCUGCCUUUCCGAAUACUUGGAAAACUUGGUGGUGGCGCGUACGGGCAGGUUGAUCGCAUUCAGAGCUCCAUUAGUAUGAAGCAGUAUGCUCUAAAGAGGAUCCGCCGCCGCGCUAUCUACGGGAACAAGACUCGUGAAUCUCAUAAGAUGUUUAUCAGCGAGAUGAACAUAAUCAAAGAGCUCAAGCACCAUCAUAUGGUCGAGUUUGUCGGCAGCUAUACGGAUGCCACUUUCUUGGGGCUAAUUAUGGCUCCGGUGGCCGACAUGAAUCUUUCCGAAUUUCUUGACAAAACCUCGUCGACUGAUGUUUCGAAAGCUGCUAAAACAUCCAACAUCACUACUCUCAGAACCUUUUUUGGAUGCCUCGCUUCAGCGCUACAGUAUCUUCACGAUAAUUCGGUACGCCACAGGGACAUUAAGCCACAAAACAUCCUUGUUGAGUGCGGCAACGUAUUGUUCACUGAUUUCGGAUUAUCCAAGGAUUACUCUGGUGAAUCGGGAAGUACAACAUCGGGCAUCACUGCAAAUACGCCUCGUUAUGCGGCCCCUGAAGUAUCCAACUAUGACCCAAGGAACACCUCGGCAGAUGUUUGGUCGUUAGGUUGCGUAUUCCUUGAAAUGACCGCUGUCCUAAAGGGCUUCACAUUAGCAUUCUUGAAGGAAUUUUUUUCCGAACACGGCACAGAACAUACGCACUUUUGCUUCAAUCAACCCGCUACUGCUCAACUUAUAGAGAUACUGACAUAUCGGAACCAACACGACAAUAAGCCGGUCCGCAUCAUCAAAGACAUGUUGAAAGCCGAUCGUCACUCUCGACCUACAGCAGCUCAAGUGUUUUCCGCAUUCAUCACACUUGCACCAUUCGAUACCACUGAGCUCGUCACCUCGUUCUGUGGUAUCUGCUGUUUGGGAGAUGAAGAAUCGGAUUCGCACGAUAGCCUUUGCAACGACCUAGAUACGUCAAUGAGCGGUGAACAGCACGCUGAUGCACAACUGUCAAUGUCAGAAACCGUAAUAAAGGCUUCUACAGCCGAAACUGUUAUGAAGGCCUCGACAGUUGACGAUGUUUCCAAUAUUCCUGCAGAGGAAUCUGAUCCGGAAACCUCAACAGCUGAGCAUAUCCCGAAAUUAGAGGACUUCUCAUCAUCAUCAGAUGAAAGCCUCAUGGACACACACAGAACUGGACAGGUUCCGACGAUGGAAGUAUAUAAGGAUGUUUCCCCAAUCUCAACAGAUGACGAGUUAUCACAGACUUCGGCAGCGGGACAAAUUCCGAUGAUGGCAGUAUAUGAGGAUGUUUCCCCAAUCUCAACAGAUGACGAAUUAUCGCAAACCUCAAGACCCAAGAAAAAUUCACAGACUUCAAGUGAUAAGAGUAACUCCAAACAACUAGGAGAUACUAACAUUCAGCGGACAUCGGAAACUGGAACUCAUUUACAAACUCUAAAAUCUGGAAGUUCCCAACAAUUCUUAGGAAGUGUACCUGAUCCUUGGACGGCAAAAGCUGGGCCCUUGGAGUCAGCCCAAUCAAGUAAAACGCCAGAUCAUAACCAGAAAUCUUCUACUGAUUCUGACACUGGAAUCGAACCUGGGCAUGGCAAAACCAAAACCAUCGUAACGUUACGACCGAUAAGCCCUGAGGAAAUGGCAUUUCAGUAUCCUAGUUUAUUACCGUCAUCACCGUCUAACAGUUUUUCGGUAUCAGACCAGGGUGGUAAACGGUCCAGUCGGCACCGGACGGUGCUCCGGGCGAAAAGCGUACCGUCUAUCAAGGAUAAGAUAUAUUCGGCUAGGCGGGUCGCCAAAUAGAGGUACUACGCGCGAGUCUCCGCGCGUUCGACAAUUAGACCGUUUUAGUAGUGGUUCACACGAAAUAACGCGAUAGCAAAAGACCGAAAAUGACGAAGACUCCGAUAACAAAUCUUUCGUAGCCGGUAGACCAGAGGUUAUAAAUGUCGAGCUAAAACACAAUGUAAUAAAUCAUUG